UUGAAAAUCGUGAAAACACUUCCUUCAGGUUAUGAAUUUUGAUCCACAAUCGAGGAAAAGUUGGAUUGUGAUAGAAAUAAGGCGAUAUGGAAAUUAUUUUACGCUAAAUUAUAUUCGCGGUGUACUCGAACUGUGUGAAAAUGAUCAAAAUUAAAGUUUAAAGUUUACAGUUCAUACUUCAGAGUUCGAAGUUCAAAGUUUAGGGUUAAAAGCUCAAGAUUCAAGGGCGAAGUUUCAAGUUUAGCGUUCAAAACUUCCGACUAGAAGUUCAAGAUUUAAUGUUACAAUUCCAGAUUUCAAAUAUCACAUUUUAAGUUUCAAGUUUCAAAUUGCUAUAUUACAACUAACUAGACAAUUUGUGGCAAGAGAGAAGCAUGGAUUCCGGCGUGAAGCCCCAUAUCUGUGCCUUAAAAAAUAGUGACAAAUAUUACAUGUUCGGUUCAGAUGAAGACAUCACGUGUAAAAAUAUAUGGAUAAACAUGUUCCAAAUCAAUGGGAAAACACCGAGGGCGAAAAUAUUUUUCGAAAGUAUGGCGCACGUGUGUGCCGAGAGAAGAAGGCAUGCUUUGAUACAUUGGUGGAUUAUUCAUCCUUGCAGCAGUUGGAGAUUUCUAUGGGACUUGGUAAUGACAGUGGUAUAUAUGGUCGGCUUUCUGACGAUCCCAUUUUCCGUCAGUUUUAUUGUCAUGAGUCACGAUAGAAUUCGAAUGGAUAAAUUCAAUUUUUUAAUUUACGCUUUUUGCUGGAUGGAUAUAGUAUGCAAUUGCUUCACUGGAUAUUACGACAAGAAACUCAUGCAGAUGGAAUUGGCUCCCUUCAAGAUAUUCAUGUACUUUCUUUAUGUAUAUCUUUUUAGAAUGCAGAAUUCGCAUAUAGAAUAUUUUUUGAACUAUUUAAAAACCUUUCUUAUAUUGGAUAUCCUUUCCUCAUUGCCAUGGGAUCACAUAACUUUGCCAUGGCGAAGUCUUCCUGGAAGAGAAUCUAAUCAUUUAGUUUCUCUACUCAAUCUCUUACCUUGUUUGAAGCUGUCGCGUUAUGGCUACGUUAAUAUGCGAAUCUCCGAGCUUUUUAGCGUAAUCCAUUUCGAAGUGAUGCACUUUUAUUACGAACUAUUUUCCACCUUCAUGUUGGCAUUUUACAUAAUGUAUUGGUCUUCGUGUCUGUAUUACUUGAUACCAGUGUUAGUUUUACACUUCAGUAACUCUUUACCAGAACAAUAUAAUUUAAUAAACGUUAUACAGGAAUGUCCCGAAUGUUGGAUGACAGGGUUAGACAGCAGCAGCAUACCUUCCAGGUUUCAAUAUACACUCUUUAUCGUCGUAGAGAAAUUAGCAGCGAGUGGUUACGGUGGCUACGUGCCAAGAACAAACGGUCACAUUGUAUUGAGCUUUGUUCUUAUACUCAUUGGUAGAGUGCUCGAAUGUUACAUUGCAGUGAUGCUGAUUCAAAUAAAAGCAGGAAAACAAGCAUCGGAAUCGAAAUUUCAAGAAAUAAUAAAUCAGUUAUGCGCUUACACGAGUCAAAAACAAUUACCAAAGCACAUGAAGAUUCGUCUUCUGGCUUAUUACUAUUAUCGUUUCAGGAAUAGUUACUUUCGCGAAAAGUCUAUCUUAUCUAAUUUAUCAGAACAAUUACGUCAAGAGAUUGCGCUUCAAUCGAGCCAUCGUUUAGUCGAAAAUGUAGCAAUAUUCAAGGACUUACCCAAAUACGUUUUACGAUCCAUCAUAAAGAAUUUGAAAUUCGAGCUUUAUCUACCUAACGACGUGAUCAUCAAAGCAGGAGCUUAUGGCGAUUGUAUGUUUUUUUUAUCUGCUGGAACUGUCGCUGUACUAACACCCACUGGGAAAGAGAUCUGUCACCUGGACGACGGAGCCCAUUUUGGAGAAGUAGCGCUUCUAGUUGGUGAACAAAGAAGAGUCGCAAGCGUGAUCGCGAUUGAAGUGUGCGAAGUGUACCGUUUGGAUCGCAAAGAUUUUCGAAAGUGUAUCUCCGUGCACACGGAAUUAUUCGCGAAGAUCGAGAGACUCGCGACCGAGAGGAUCGAGAGAGCUAUGAUCAUUGAAGAACACCAUAAACGUCAUCUUAAACGAAGUUCUGCUCAAGCUGAUCAUAGAAAAACUGUAGCACGUUACUAA